AUGAAGUGGAAUCAGAAGAAACAGCCAACACAGAUUAAUGAUUCUUACUAUGAAACCAUUUCUCUGAAGAACAAUUUUCAAGAGUUAAAACCAAAAACUGUCCAGCAACAGCAUCUGGGAAAAACUGUAAACAAGUUAAAGAAGGAUACUGAAGAACAAAGUGAAACAAAAGGCAAAUUCACAAAGGAGAAAAAUGAGGCUAGGAGUUGGCUGAUGGUCACGCAGGAAACUUUAUUCAGUGCUAUCAAAUGUCUUGAGGAUGCUGGGACUGAAAAAAAAAAAAAAAAAGCCCUUCUGAAGCACGUGGAAGAACUUAAAUCUGCAUAUUAUCUCCUUCAAAUAAAGCAUGAGGCAGAACUGAAGACCAGGCUUAGGAGACAGCGCUUGGAGAUGGAUCAUACCAUAUACAAGACAGACAAAAAGAUAGGGGAACUGCAGCAUCUCAGAAAAAAGCAGAAACAUGAGGCCAAGACUGUAACUUCAGCCCUGCAUAUGCUAAGGGAGGAAAAGGAGAAUACACAGAAAUAGCUCCUAUCCUUGCAAACAAAAUUCCAGGGAGAAAAGGAUGGCAGGUUGGCAGAAAGCCAAUGGCUGUGAUCCAAAUAUAACAGGCUAGCUGCUCAGCUUAAAAUCCUGCAAGCAGGACUUGAAAACAAACAAGCUGAGAUGAAAAAAAUGCAACAGCAGAUUUGUGAGUUCAGAAGAGAGAACCAAAAGCUUCAGCAACAGAGAGUGAAAGACCAAGAACAAAACCGCAUCCUGCAGCUUGAAACUGCCAGAUGGAAAAAGAGAUAUGAUAAAGUCAGAGAAUCACAGACAGCUGAGGACACAGAUCAUCCUUCUACCGCUGAACAUAACAGGAGGAAUGAAACUAUUAUUGAACUGCAAGAAAAAGUGAAGAACCUUACCCUUGAAAAGAAAACCUUGGAGAAAAAGGUAGAUCUUUCCUGA